AGAGGAGGAAGAAAGCCCCUGAGGGGCUCCCAGAGGUCUGGGGAGGGGCGGGAGUUGGAGGCCGAGCGGGUGGAGGCAGAGCCUGGGGGUAGGUUGUAUUCCUCCUUCAGUCACACCCGCUUCUAGUGACCCCGCUCGGCGCCUGACCCCCCAGGUCUCAGGCCUUGCCCCGUGCCCAUAGUCCCUAGGAAUGUGCUCCCAGGGUGGGUCUGUCUGGUCCUCGGUGCGGACUUCCGUGGCCUCAUCUCUUCCCAGCAUCCUCCUGGCUAGCGCCUCCUCCCGGAAGCCCUCCCUGAUGCUGCCGGGGCCCCUUGUUCGUCACCUGCCGAAAGGGUCACCUGUCAGUUCUCCACUUUGUCUCUAAAGAUAUUCUGGCCCGAAGACACCCCUCCCCCCUGCCCUCGAGAGGAAUGACAGCUUCCUUCUGGACCCCUUCCCCCCCCAGAAGAGAAAUUGUUGAGGUUCAGGAUUUCUGGCACCCCGAAAUAUCAAGAGCAGGAAUGAAUGUCCAAAUAAAUUCGACCCAAACCUUUCAGCGAAAGACAAGGUUUAUCAAGGAUCUGCCACGUUGGCCAGACUCUUAAGGCAUCUAAACAUUUGGGACAGAAUAUUGACCAGCGGGCUAGAACACCUCUCGGCCAUUGCCUAGAGUCUUUAUCUUGUAUAGCCUCUGCUCUGCCCCAGUAGAUGAGAACCUUGAGGAAGAGGGAAUGGCUUCUGUACUGACAGCCAGGCCAGGAAAGGAAUCAGUCACAUUCAAGGAUGUGGCUGUGGAAUUCACUUCAGAGGAGUGGGUACAAUUGAACCCAACUCAGAAAAAGUUGUAUAGAGAUGUGAUGCUGGAGAACUAUAGGAACUUGGUCUCUUUGGGAUUUGCAGUUUCCAAACCAGAUGUGAUCUACCAGUUGGAAAGAGAGGAAGCAUCUUGGAUGCCAAAGGCAGAUAUUCCAAGAAGCAGCUGUCCAGAGAGCGGAGAAUUUUCUCAAGAUAAACCUCUUGAAUGUAAUGAAUAUGACUAUCAGAAGGCCUUCAGGAGCAAGAAGCAUUGUGCUGUAUAUCAGAGACUGCAUACUGGAGAUAAACCUUAUGAAUGUGCUGAAUGUGGGAAGGCCUUCAGGGAUAAGACACAACUUACAAUCCAUCACAGAAUUCAUACUGGAGAGAAACCUCAUGUAUGUAGUGAAUGUGGUAAGAUUUUUAAUAGGAAGUCAAAUCUUACUGUGCAUCAGAGAAUUCAUACUGGAGAGAAACCUUAUGAAUGUAGUGAAUGUGGGAAGACCUUCAGGUAUAAUGGAAUACUAACAGUGCAUCACAGAAUUCAUACUGGAGAGAAACCUCAUGAAUGUAGUGAAUGUGGGAAGUCUUUCAGGUAUAACGGAACACUAACAGCACAUCAGAGAACUCAUACUGGAGAGAAACCUUAUGAAUGUAGUGAAUGUGGGAAGAUUUUUAAUAAGAAGUCAAAUCUUACUGUGCAUCAGAGAAUUCAUACUGGAGAGAAACCUUAUGAAUGUAGUGAAUGUGGGAUGGCAUUCCGGGAGAAGAAAAAACUUACACAGCAUCAGAGAAUUCAUACUGGAGAGAAACCUUAUGGAUGUAGUGGAUGUGGGAAAGCCUUCAGGACGAAGAUACAACUUACAGUGCAUUACAGAAUUCAUACUGGAGAGAAACCUUAUGAAUGUAGUGGAUGUGGUAAGGCCUUCAGCUAUUUGGGAGCACUAACAAUGCAUCAAAGAAUUCAUACUGGAGAGAAACGUUAUGAAUGUAGUGAAUGUGGGAUGGCAUUCAGGGAGAAGAAACAACUUACACAGCAUCAGAGAAUUCAUACUGGAGAGAAACCUUAUGAAUGUAGUGGAUGUGGGAAAGCCUUCAGGAAGAAGAUACAACUUACAGUGCAUCAGAGAAUUCAUACUGGAGAGAAACCUUGUGAAUGUGGUGAAUGUGGAAAGGCCUUCAGGAGGAAGGGACAUCUUACUGUGCAUCAGAGAAUUCAUGCGGGAGAGAAACCUUAUGAAUGCAGUAAAUGUGGAAAGGCCUUCAGGAGGAAGGACCAUCUUACUAGUCAUCAGAGAAUUCAUGCUGGAGGGAUGUGAUGAAUGUGAAAAGACCCUCCUGGAUAAGACACAACUUAUACUGCAUCAGAGAAUUCAUAUGGAGAGAAACCUUAGAAAUGUAGUAAAUGUUGAAAGGCUUUCAAGAGUAAGUCACAUUUUACUGAUCAUCAUAGAAUUCAUACUGGAGAUAUGCGUUGUGAAUAUAAGGAAUGUUGAAUGGGUUUUCUCUACUACUCAGAUCUUACUCUGCAUCACAGAAUUCAUACUGGAGAGAAAUCAUAUCAAUGUAAUGAAUGUGGAAAGGCAUUCAGCAGGAAGGACUACCUUAGUAGUCAUCAGUGAAUUUAUACUGGAGACAUCAUUAAUAAAUUUAAGGAGUAUGAGAAGGCUUUCCCCUACAACUCAGAUCUUAUUGGACAUCAAAAAAUUCAUACUGAAGAGAAGCCUUGUGUAUGUAAUGAAUAUGGGAAGAUGUUCAGAGUGAGGACACAACUUACUCAACACUGUAGAAUUCAUUUAGGAAAGGAGCUUUAAGAGUGUAAUGCAUAGAGGAUGGCUUUUAGAUUGAGGACGCUACUUUAUGUCCAUCAGAGAAUCAUCCUGGUGUGAUUCAUCAUGAAUGUAAGGAUUGUAGGAAGGCCUUUCAUUGCAAUUCAGGUCUUAAUUAGACAUCAGAAAUUCAUGUUAGAGGGGCAGCUAGGUGGCGCAGUGGAUAGAGCACUGGCCCUGAAGUCAGGAGGACCUGAGUUCAAAUCCGGCC